CUUUACCAUUGAAACCGCGAGACAGCCAAGGAAGUCUAAUAUGUCUUGUUUAUAAGGAUUUAAAUAACUACCCUGCCUUAGAAUUCUUUAUAAGUAAAUAAAAUGGCCACCGAUGGAGGGGGCAAACUUAAGCCAAAGCGUUCUCAACCGGCACAAAAACCCUAUGAGAGAAGAAAGUCAUUGUACAAGAAAGUUACAGAUACAGUAAAGGAUUUAUUGUCACCCUCCUGGUUAACCGAUAUAGUUUCAACUGUAAAGAAGUCACCACCAAAACAGAAUUAUCCCAGUACAUUAGACGAAGAUGAAGAUGAAAUGUUUAUGAGUCCACCGCAGUCACCAAAUCAGGUGAAUUCUUACAGUGGGCCUCCAAGAAUUGCAUCUCAGUUAGAAAAUAAACUACCGGCUCCUCAGCCUAAACGAUCUAGAGUGCCAGUACCUUCAGUUUCCCUGAAUAAUCCGGCUUUUGGUUCUUCAACUUCUCAUCCAGGUGGAAGUUUUAGUUCGUCGCAGUUACCGUUAUCAAGAUAUGGUACUAGUACUAAUAACCCUAGUACCAGUACAAAUAGAAAUGUUGUUACAAGGUCACCUAUACAUGAUAAUGUAUCUCAUUUAGCCACUGGUUAUUCGUUUGAGCAACAGACCAAUCUGUUAAAUUUAAAUGAAAAGGAAUUACAGCAAAUAAAAGAUAACCUGUCUACAGGUCAAACUAAAUCCACAUCAGAUUCAGAAGAUCAACAUUCUAGGACAAUGGCUAGAAAUACUAGUUUAAAAACUGAUGGCUCAUCACAAAGAGCUAGAGUUUGGCAGAAUGAAGUGUGUCAACCAAUACGGCCAAUAGAACCUGUUGUUACUGACAAACCCUCUUUUAAAGCCUCAUUAUUUGGUUCACCUGUUAUAGAUACAAGUUUACUGGGUGAUGAUGUGUUAAAUCAAUCAUCUUUUUAUCCUGGUAAAACUACAUUUGGAGGAUCGUCAUCUGUCAGAAACAGAAGUCGUUUAAAUGUUACAGCUCCAUAUCAGACUGCUUUACCAAUACGCAAACAUAUGACACCAAAAUUAGCCAAUAACUCUUUCAGUGCUGUUACAAGUUCAUCUGCCAGAAGAAUUUUAGAAUCGUUAGAAAGAAUGUCCACACCAUUAUCGGAUGUGAAAAAGAUUCCUAUGGAAGUUCCUUCUGUCUCGGACUCUUUGUUUUCCUUUACGCCAUCAAGUUACAGACGGCAGUCCCGGUCUUUCCAACCAUCUGUUUUAUCACGAAGAUCUCUUGAUGUCCCUAUAAGAAGUGGCCCACCCACUAGUCAAAUAAGAACACAUUCUAUAGCUUCUAUAUCUAGAAAUAGACAGACAGUAACAUCCACACCAAUAUCUAGUAGAAAAGUCUCUUUGACACAAGAAGAUUCAAAUGAAACACAAGAAGCUUCAAAAAGAAAAGAAGAUAAUGAUGGCAUAUCAGCACAAUUGCCAAGAGACAAAUUGUAUGAAACACCCUCAUCUUCAUCGUGGGGUGCAGGUGGAGGUAAAAUGAAACGAGAUAAAACACAUCAUUAUUCCAGUAAAAGGCCAGAAGAUGAUGAUAUUAUGGAGAUUCCCAGUUUAAAGGCUGAUUUUACAUUACCUGUUUCCAACUUACCUCAAAUACAUUUUACAGCUACACCUAUUGUUAAAGUUGAUGAUGAUAUGGCCAAAUGUAUAUCUGAAACUAAUAAAGGAGAAUUAAAAUUUUCUUUCUCCUCACCAGUACAUCAAUCACAGACACCUGUCAAUGUGGAAUCACCCGGUAGUAAUGUCAAAAGUUUUACAUUUAGUUCACCUUUAAAAGCUGAUGAUAAAAGUAAAGAUGCUCAACCAUCAACAGUGGCAUUUACUUUUAUGUCAACACCAACUACGGCCCCUAAACUUAAAACUACAUCUGUGUUAGGUAAUGGAGGUGUUGAUUGUAAGUCCAAUCAGUUGUCAUCAAAAACUGAGAUGAACAAGUCCAACUUGGCGAAUUUUACUUCUAAAAGUGACAGCUUUAAAUCAUCACCUGUGUUGAAAUCUGGAAGUGUUAUGGAUAUUUUGGGUAAUGGAUCAUCACCUAAGACGUUAAAGCAGGGAAGUGUGAUGGAUAUAUUAGGAAAAAAUUCGACAACUUCACCAGUUUCCACUUUAAAAGAAGGAAGUGUCAUGGACAUUCAAAAUAAAAAGGACAAAAAUACAGUUGAACCAGAAUUCAGGAAAGCCGAUACAGUAAAAAUUACAGCAACAGAGGGAACAAUUACAGGAAAUAAAGAAUCAUUAUCAUCACUAUUUUCUAAACCAUCUGGAGCAUGGUCAUGUGAUAUCUGUAUGGUACAAAAUAAUCCUGAUAAAACAAAAUGUGCUGCAUGCGAGGCCCCAAGACCUGGUUCCAAACCACCAGUGGGAUCAAUUACAGGAAAUAAAGAAUCAUUAUCAUCACUAUUUUCUAAACCAUCUGGAGCAUGGUCAUGUGAUAUCUGUAUGGUACAAAAUAAUCCUGAUAAAACAAAAUGUGCUGCAUGCGAGACCCCAAGACCUGGUUCCAAACCAUCAGUGACACAAGCUACAAGUUUGUCAGUAUUAUUUAAGAAAGAAGAAGGUUCAUGGGAUUGUAAUGUAUGUUUAGUUCAGAAUAAAGCAGAUGUUACAAAGUGUAUAUCUUGUGAAACACCUAAACCAGGCGCCAAAAGUACAGAAGGAAAUAGUAAUACAUUAUCAUCAGGUAUUAAAUUUGGAUCAAGUGGUGCUGGUACAAUCACAGAUUCUGGUUUUAAAAUUAAUACAGUUGAUUCAAAUAAAACAAAUACUAGUGCCUGUGGUUUUAAAUUUGGAUCAACAGACUCGACCACACCUGUGACAACGGGAGGAUUUAAAUUUACGGACAGCCAAUCUUCAGAUAAAGUUUCUUUUGCAACUGAUAAUAAACUGUCUGAUAAAACAACAACUGGAUUCAGUUUUGGUUCUAAGGACACCACCAGUUCAAAUCCGAAAACAGACACUGGAUUUGCUUUUGGUAAUCCUAAAUCAUCUGGUGAGCAGAAGUCUGAAACAGGUUUUACGUUCGGUAAUCCCAAAGCCUCUGGUGGGGAAAAAUCAGAGACCGGCUUUAAUUUUGGAAUUGCGAAAUCUACUGAUGAAGGUCAAGCAGGAAGUGGUUUUAGUUUUAGUCCCCCAGCCUCAUCUGAUAAUAAAACUGAUAAUAUGGCAUUUGGCCAAACAAAGACAGAUGAUGUUAAUGUGUCUAGUGGUUUUAGUUUAGGUGCUCAAUCAAACUCUAUAUUUGGUGGUAAUACAAAUUUGGAAAAGGGCUUUCAGUUUAAUCAGCCCUUGAAAACUGCGGAUAAUUCUAACUCUUCCCAAACAAAUACAAACGGUCAGUCAUCUACUGGAGGCUUUGUGUUUGGAGCUUCAGAUUCUAAGAAUAAAAUUCAAGAAACAAACAAUAAUAAUUUAGUGAAAGAUAAAAGUGUAGAAAUAAAAAGUGGUUUUAGUUUUGGACAAUCAGCACCAUCUAGUGUUGGAGGUUUUAAUAUGGGGUCGAAUUCUGUUUUAGGUGAUAGUCAGCAAAAGUUACCGAAUGAUUUUACAUUUGGUGGAUCAACAACUAAUACAAAUACAGGAGGAUUAGGUGUUUUUUCUUCUGCACCGACUGGUAAUCUUACAAAUACAAAUAAUACAAGCUUUACUUCAUCUAAACGUACUAUUGAUGAUGAUAGUGAUGAACCAAAAGCCAAGAAAUCAUUUGUAUUUGGUGCAUCUUCCUCAACAGCACCCAAUGGUCCUUUUGAUUCUAAGCCUACAGUAGCAGUUCAACCAGAAACCAAGAAUACUGCAGGACCUGUAUUUAAUUUUAGUGCUAACUCAACACAACAGCCAAAUAAUACAGGAUUUAAUUUUGGUGUUUCCACUCCUAAUGUGCCAGUUUUUAAAGCAGUAACCAAGAAGAUAGAGAAACAAUCUGACUCAUUAUUUACAUUUGGUGGUGGUGGUGUUGGAAAUAACAGCCAGUCUUUUGGUAACACAAGUAAUAAUUUCUCUGGUGCGCCUGCAGCUUUUGGUAGUUCCAGUUUUGGUGGCAAUGGUUCUACAUCAGGAUCAACAAUUGGAUCAACACAAGCAACCAAUGCACCAGCAUUUGGUGCCAGUAGUGCCACACCUGCUUUUGGUGCUUCUGGCCAAACUUCAGCAUUUGGCAAUUCAUCUAAUGCAGGAUUCCAGUUUAGUGCCACACCCAAUCUAAGCUUUACUGGAAAUAGUGGUAGUUCAACUUUCCAAUUCAGUGGAAAAUCUAACGAAUCAGGCAAUGCUACAACAGCCCAAACACCACAAACCCCAGCUUUUGCUUUUGGUGGUCCAGGACCAGCAGCUGUUGCACCUACAACUUCAUUUACUGCACCAAAUUUUGGUACCCCAGGUCAGCCUGGUAGUUUUAAUAUUGGGGCUGGAGCUACAGAUAGAAAAAUAAAGAAAGCAGUCAGAAGAAAACGGUAGAAUUGAUUUUCUAAAAUGGAAUAUUGAUGACCAGCAAAUUGAAUUGCCAGAACAUUGUAUUAAACUAUUUUGAUAGCGUGAAUUAUAAUAGGGUCGAAAGAUGUGAGUCAAGUAUGGCAAUCAAAUUUUAUGAACUUACGGUCAUGAAUUUAUUUCAUCUCGACUUUGUGUUAUGAUGGUAAAUAUAAAACAAAAGAAAAUUAAUUUAUUAUAAAAAUGACAAAACACAAUGUAACAUUAGAUUUUUUUAUUUGUCUUAUUAGUUAUUUAAUAUCUAAAUUGUAAUUUCUUCUUAAGUAAGAAUGAGUAAUUUGUUCAAUUGAUGGACUGUGAUUAUUUUUUUUAUCAAAGAAUAUCGCAUUCAAAUUGAAAAUUCCAGACUUUUGAUAUUAAACAAUAAAUAUUUCAUAAAUGAGCUAUUAACUAUACCAUACAUAAUCAAUCAGCAAUGCUUUAUAAAGUUUGCUUUGUAUAUUUAUAAAAAGAAAUAAGAAUAUUUGUAUAUUAUGCUUGGUGUAUGUAACGUAAUGUAUAGUUAAAACAGUUUUGUAACUGGUAAUGUACCUGUGUAUAUGUAAUGUUGUACUAUCCUAAUAUUAAGGCAAGUUUGACCCUCUAAUUGUACAAAAUUAGUGUUCAAAUCCACCAAAUCUUAUUUAAAAAUGCCAUUAUAUUGAAUGGAGAAAAAUCAAAGACGAUUCUUGCUGCCUUAUUAAUGUUAAAAAUCGGUGGAUUAUUGAAUAGAAUUGCAUUGUUUUAAUAUAUUGUUGUCUAGUCUAGGAGGGUCCAGCUUGCCUUAGUAUUCCAUUUGUUAUAUGAUAUGUUAUUCAAAUCUGUACAUAAAUGAAAUGAUUUUUCUUUUCCUUUAAUAACCCCAGUUUAUUGACAACAUGGUCACAAGUGGACGUCAAAUAAUAUAUGUAAUUAUAAAAGUAAAUUAGAUUAGACAAAAACAUUUAAUGUAUUCAUAUAUGUAUGGAUGCAGGUUUAUAUACAAUAUAUAUAUGUAAAGAUACAUAAUUUGACUUAUUUUUGGUUACAGUUUGAAUAUAUACAUGUAUUUGCCGAAGUGAGUGCCAUUGUGAUCAUGAUUUCAAUAACUUAUAUGAAAUGUAUAAUAUACAGCUAUGUAAAUAAACUCAUUUGAUGUAAAUAUUCUACUCAGUGUAAAUACCAUUCCUGCUCUGAAAUUUCUUUCAAGUAAUUAGACAACUGUGUGAUGUUUGGCUGAUUUCCAUUGCAUAUAUUUUAAAAUAAUCAAUGCUCAACAAAAGUGAGUUUUAGUGUAAUUUGUGUUCAAAAUUAAUGCCUCUGAUAUGAGAAUGAUCUGUUUCUUUUCUAUAGUAGCAAUCAGUAUGUGAAACAAUAACAUUUCUACAUGUAGUAUUCUUUGAUUUUAAAUAGGGCUCCAAAAGUUGGUUUUAAAUUGUAUAUUCCAGCCCUGGGAUUAAAGUAUACUAAUUACUACUAAUUUGUGAGUUAUGAGUCAUGCCACUACUUAUCUUAGACUGUUUCAUUAACAAGUGAUGCUUCAUUAACAAAUGAUUUUAAACUAGUACAAGAUAUUUCAAUCAACAGAAAACAUAUCCUAACUACUGUUGGUUACCAAAAAACAUUUUUCACACUUCUUCAAUGGAAGGUUUUUUGACAGCCUGGAAAUGUUUUAAUAUAGCUACUAAUAUAUAUGUAGUACACUUGUUAGACAAUCAAUUUCAUUACUAGGCAAGACACAGUGAUUUAUGCUCUCAAUAUUAAUUAAUGUAACUUAAUAUGGGCUUAGUAACACAAUUUUUCUAGCCCUUGACAAAGAACAUAAGAUAAGUUAUUUCUUUUCAUAUCAUCCGCAUGAUAAGAUAUUAUUUACAUUUUCAAAAUUUAGCCAGUUUUAUAAUGUAUUUUUAGAACAUUCAUUGUGUAUCAUUCUUCAUAAUUAUAGGAAAACUCUUUUCAACCAAAAGUGCUUGAUUUUUUUUUUGUUUAUGAAAGUUACAUAAUUUUCUUUUGUACUGUUUUAAAAACAGAGAAGAGGCUUUGGAACCUUGGAGCUCUUUGUCAAUGAUUUGACUUUUCAAUGGUAACUGGGUGUCUACACAUUAAUCGUAAGUGUGGGAGGACUGCACUACAUGUAAACAAAACCUACAAGACAAACCUGCAUACAUGACACACAAAUUGCAGACAUUGCAAGCAAUAAACAACAAGCGUGUAAAUCAAAUUACAAGCAAAAAUUAAGACAGAUAUUGCAUAAGUGUCUUAUAGGGUUUUUGAAGAAUGCAGUGACCAAAGUUUCCAUCUAAAUAUGCCAGUUCUUAAAUUUUCAAUUAUUAAACAAGUUGAGGGUUAUUUUGAAUAUGAUGUAUAAAAUUAGUUACAUUUAUGUUCUUGUUGAUAUUUUUUAUGCCUCCUCCAGAACGAUAAUGUGUAUGUGACAUAAUUUAAUCACUUGGAAAGAAACAAAUUACCCAGUUCUUGUUCACUUCCACAACUACGUGAAUGCUUGAUGUGUUUCAGAUAAAUAAAUGUUUUAAAGAUAAAAAAAAAAUUCAUUCCCCUAAUAUCUUGUGAUAUGCUAAAUGCAAAAAAGAAAAAAAAAUAUGUAAGGAAACUGUGGCUUAACCUUCCUUAACUAACUUUCCAAAAUCUGUUUUCAGUAAUUGCUCCUUAAUUCUGUAUCGUGUUGUCCCCACUUCUCUGUAAAAUCACUUUAGUUUCAAUUUAUGUAUAUUGUAUGUUGUUUAAAUUUGCUAUCAGGUGAACUUACUGGACAGAAUCUACUAAGUUCACUUAAAGCAGAAUUUCACAGACUGUUAAGCAAUGGCUUUUGUUGUGGUUUCAAUUUCAAUUGAAAUCUUUCUAGUCCUUUCUACUUAUGUUUAUAUUAGUGGUCUGCUCUUUUUUCAUUUGAAAAAGACUGAUUUAAUAUAAAGGCUCUUGAUUUAGAGAGAACAAAAUUCUCAUUAGGCAUAUUUUGAAUAUAAUUGUUUAAAAAUGUACAAAAUUGUUGACAUUUGGCGAGUAAGGAGGGUGAAUUAUUAUUAGUGCGUUUUGGAAUUAGUGCGUAAGUUAAUGAAAAUUAAAAUUUAUAAGUGCUGUGAAAUUCUGCAUUUUUGUAUAUUUACCAUGUGAUGAAUGAUGUAUGAGUUAUUGGUAUAUAUGCAUUUGUGACGCAGAAAUAAAAGAUUUUUGAAUCCAA